GCUCUUUUCUCUCUCGCUCUGCUCUCGCCACAUGCAACCGAGUACGGUAGUAUCUGUGGCAAUGGUUGGGGGGAGGGGGGAUUGAAGCGGAAUCGUCAUCUGUCUCCACUUGUGGUUGCACUGUGAUGGCGGCCCCCAACUGUCUAGUUACCGACCACCGACCACCGCUACCAUCUGCUGGUGGUCACGAUGAUCCUCCUCCUCCGUCUUCUUCUCCUUCUCUGGAGGGUUCUUCUCGAUGGAACCGUUGCCGUGGUAGCCAGUUACCCACCUUCAUACUCUGGCCGACCUAAUUUCGAGACAUACCCCACCUGCACUAGUCCUGGGCCCGGGAACAGUUUAGCUGAUGCAGCGAUGGCUCGCAAUCGGGAUCGCUUGGUGAAUCCGGACAGGCAUCGGUAAAAUCGUCAGUUCCCCCUUUCUGUGAAGAGUUAGCAUGGG